CUUCCGCAUGUACCCAACUCUAGACGUUGAAUGACAUUAAGUUAAUAUGUUAAGGUAAUAUUCCCAGGAUUUAUCAAUAUAUAAAUAGAUGUAUAUAAAAAGAGAGAUUUACAACGUCUGAAAUUUUGCGCACGGCGUAACUUUUGCGCCCGAUGUCACUGUACCCAGCAGUGCUCUUAAUCUUUCCGCCAAAGGAGAUAAAAUUGUUAUAUUCGUGAAAGAUGCAGGUCCUAACCAUGUGCGUUUCCAGUGGACCUCGUAUUUGUCUCCUAUGCCUAUUACUGUAUGGCUGGCAAGCAAAGGCAGUGGUGCCAAACACAACUGGUGGCAUUCCAAAGCUGUAUGACAAGGCUGAAGCAAAGCAGGAACAUAGUAAUGCUGAUGAGGAACAAAAAGAGCUGUAUUUUAUGGAGAAAGAUUAUUUUUUGACAAAAUUGAUGACAAAGUAUGGAAAUGGAGUUGAAAUGUCUUAUGAAGGGUUUGAACAUCUGUUGCAUAAGCUAGGUCUCGGAGGGUUGUUGGAGUUUGACCACGAGGUCAGUUGUCAUAAGGCUGAAAAUAGUUCUGAUUUUCAGGAAAUGCAUCUGCACCAUAAUCAUUCAGGGAACAUAUCAUCUUCAAAAGUAUGUGAGAAUAAAGACGAACAUUCCCAUGAACACAAAGAUCAUAAACAUGAUAAUCAUCAUCAUAUUCACAGUCACAGUGAACAUGAAAAUGAACACAUUCAUGAGGACCAUGUACAUGAAGAACAUGAUCAUGGACAUGCAGAUCACAAACAUUCCAAAGAUCAUGAUCAUGAUCACACUGGAGACAAUAAUCAGGAACACACUGAAGAACAUGGUCAUAAACACAAUGAAGACCAUCAUUAUGAACACUCUGAAGAACAUGAUUAUGAACACUCUGAAGAAAAUAAUCAUGAACACUCUGAAGAACAUGAUUUUGAUCACAACGACCAGAAUGAAACUAUUGAAUUAGAUGUAGAUCAUGAACACGAUCAAAAUCAUACAGAUGAACAUGAUGACCAUCAUCAUGACCAUGAUGACCAUCAUCAUGACCAUGAUGAUCAUAAACAUGAGCAUGUUGAAAAGGAAAAUAUAGAUGACACUGAAAAUAAUCCUGUUGUAAAUGAACCCACAAGUCAUAAUCAUGAACACAAUGAAACAGCAGAUCACAGUCCAGAUUAUAAUGAAGAAAUGGAAGAGACUAAGAAAAGUGUCCAUGAUCAUGUCCAUGAACAUGAUCAUCACCAUGACCAUGACCAUGAUCACCAUGUUCGCAAGAGGGAGACUGAUCAUGAGUGUUUGGCAGCAAAUGUUAUGUUGCGUAUGGUCCAUGUUGAUAAACCGAGAAGUCUAACAAAAGAUAUGUUUAAAGAACUGUGCCCAAGCCUUAUUUAUCAGAUAGAGGCAGACUCUUGUCACAGUUCUCAUAGUAGCCACGAUAGUUACCAUGGCAACCAUGAUCAUGACCAUGAUGACCAUGAUCAUUCAACUGAAGCAGAAAGUGCCAAGAUUGACUUGUUAAGUGUCCCACCCAAAGUAUGGGGAUUCAGUGCAAUAGCAGUCAUAAUUAUAUCUCUUGUGGGGUUGCUAGGUGUUGCUGUGAUACCAAUCAUGCAAAAGGUGUUCUACAAUCACAUGCUCCAAUUCCUGGUUGCCUUAGCUGUCGGAGCACUGUCCGGCGAUGCUCUGUUACAUCUUUUCCCACAUGCAAUAGCAGGAGGUCACGGUGAUGAGGGUGGCGGACAUGGUGGGCAUGAUCACGGCAGUGGCGGCCAUUCUCAUGAUACAGGACCAAUAUAUAAAGGUCUGUGUGGCCUGCUGGGAAUCUAUUUCUUUUUCUUCACAGAGAGGGUGCUAACAAUGUUUACAGAAUAUAAGAGAAGGAAAAAGCAGACGAAAAAUCGUAAGAAAUAUAUGAAGGAUGAAGAAUUGGUCAAGGUUGGUGAAAAGCUUGCCAACAGUGAAUGUGAUGGUAUGAUGAUGGUUUCACCCAAAAAAAAGGAAAGGUCUGCAUCAAAUCAUCAUUAUAUUCCAUUUGAGAAAUGA